UUGAUUUAGGAGAAGACUACCUUUAAACUUCAAAUAUGAAGUUUUAGAAACUCUAAAAUAGAGUGUCUUUUUGGAGAUGCUCUAAGAGUUUAUACUCUCAUAAAAUUGGUUACUGGUGUGUAAUAAUACGUAUAAAUGAAAAGUUUCUGAAUAUAAAGUGCACGCUACAAGGGGGAAGAUUAAAGGGCUGCUGGUAUUCAAUGUCAUACUUAAAGACUGUCUUAAACUGUUUAUAUUAGCUUCCCCACACUGUUCUAAAUGGGGAAACUCUAAGGGUUGUUACUAUUUUUAUUCUUCCUCUUUAUUCUUUAAAGUAUUUCUUCUCUCUUUUCCAUAUUCUUACCUCCAAAAGGGCGACAAUGGCUGAAAGUUCUGGGGAAGCAAAGGUGUAACGGCCUUGGCCCGAUGAACCUUAUCAAAUGCUUUACCCCAAACUUUUUCGUUCAAAAACUCUUAUUAAAACUCAAAUUUGUCUUACAUAAAACCAAACUUAACAAAACUGAAAUGUCGAAUAAAAACUUAAGAAGAAAUGGUUGAAAGAAAGGAGUCAUAAAUGAAAGACUCGAGAAAACAUUUGCACCAUACGGACAUCUACUCCCGCUCCCUCUCGGCCCUACCUGUAAAAAGAGGGGUGAGUACAUAAUACUCAGUGAGGGUAGGUUCUAGGAACCCACGAGCUCAACUCAGGAAGAACAAACAAUCACAAGUCAUGAGCUAAUAAGAUCUAUUACACAGAAACCCAUACUACCCGACAUGAACUAAAGACCCUACAAUGCACAUCCUUUUCAUCUUUUCUUCCUUUUCAUCAGUGGGUAGCCCCAACUAGGUUUCUACUCCAUAUUCUUGUGGAUUGGCCACAUCUCCUAUGGGUGCUUCCAUAUUCUUGUGGAUUGGCCACAUCUCCUAUGGAUACCUAGCGUGGACUACUACCCCACAUACUUUCCUUAGACUCUCUAUAUGAUCCCUUAUUCGUACUUAUUCUUACAUCUUUCACUUAUCAUUCACAACACGUCUCAACACCUUAUCAUCAUAUUCUUGACCACCGUAACAUGCCUACGUUCUUAUCACUUCAACACGUACUAUCGUCUAGACAAGAUCAAUCACAUAUCACAUCACACAUACACACAAUAUCUAGAACUGAUUAACAAAGGACUAAGUCCCAUUGGUUACUCAACAUGAGGCAAGUUCACAGCCAAGUCCUCACCUUAGCUUUUUGCAGAAGUAGAUCUGGAUCUAGGUUUGGGGAACAGUCACUUCUCGAGAUCUGAUUUGAGAAUCGGACUCACACAAGAGAGAGAUGGGUUUAGAAUCUGUCAUUUUCCAAUGACUUAGAGCUAGAGAUCUUAGUUUUACCUUUAGGGUUCAGAUCUCAGUUGCUUGCACGAAACUGAAUCAAGGAGGCGGCGGCUAGGAGCUCGGUUGCGGCGGCUAGGGCUUCGCGGGCGGCUGGCGGCUGGCUUCGCCGGAGAUGGAGCGGCGGCGGCUUGAGACGGAGGCGGCGGCGGCUUGAGACGGAGGCGGCGGCGGGGUUCUGCUCAGGCAGGGCUUGCUUGCUGUCUCUCUUGUGGCUGAACCCUAGGGAAACUUCUCCUUUUAUAAGCAAUGGGAGGGGUUAUGUCUAGGGUUUCUUCUCCUUGGACCUCCUGCACUUGAGUUUCCUUUUGGGCCGGGCCCGGGAUGUUACAAAAGGUCUAUCUGAGACUUGUCAUCGAUGAAGAGAAGAACAAGGUUGUUCUGGCUGAGGCCGGUAAAGAUUUUGUUGAUGUUCUCUUCAGCUUUCUAACUUUGCCAAUGGGUACAUUAACCAAAUUGCUUAAGAAGCAUAAAAAAGCUGUUGGCUGUUUUAAUAACCUCUAUACAAGUGCUGUGGAUAUGGGCAUUGAUAAAGCUGUGGAUUUGUUGAGAGCUUCAUUGGUGACUUCAUGUGCUUUGAGCACUGCUUUAGGCGAUUUGAUUGCAAAGACGCCAAAGAAGGAACCAUUUGUGGAUCCAAAAUCUGAUCAUAAGCCAAAAGAUGGUACUGGGUUUGUGAAGAGAGGGACAAAAUUUACGGUGUCAGAUUAUCUGAUCGUUACACCUAAGAAGUCUAGCUCAACAUUUAAUUUACUGAAGAAGUUGAAGAUUCAAGCUGAUGAUCUUGAGGUGCAAGUCAUUAGCAUCAGCAAUGCAGAGGCUUUGAAUCUGUUGAGAGCCUCACUGGUGACAUCCUCUGCUUUAAGCUCUGCUUUUAGGAGUUUGCUUGUAAAAGAAGAUAGAUUGAACCCUAUUUCAAAGAGACCAAAGAUAGAGACAUGAACAGUGGAGAGAGAGCUACUACUACUAUUAUUGAUUUUAAAUUAUGCAGAGAUUCAACUUCAAAUCGAGAUUUCAUGAUCCUAUUAUUAUUGCCUUUAAAUUUUGCAGCAAAAUUGAUAAUUUUCCAGUUAUAGUUUAGUUUUCUACACAGCUUUAUCAGGAGAAUCAUGAAAUCUCGAUUUAGUACAUCUAAUUUCUUUUGAUAUAAACGAUGGUCAAAAGAAG